AUGGCCCACAUCUGCACGCACGCCACUCCAGAACUGCGACUCUCCUCGCUCGGGCCAAGGCACAUGUGUGCAAGCCAGCGGCCCCGCGCACCCACCCACCCGCAGACGGACGCCCGCAGGCGGCGGAAGGUCCCGGAGCAGGGGCCGGCCUGGCUGCAGAGUACGGGCAGUUACCGCCUCGGGGCGAUCCCGCCAUCCUGGGCUGAGGCCAGAGGGUCAGGGCUGCCUGAGUCAGAGCAGAGCAGAACUGAGGCUGCAGGUUCCAAGAGUCACGAGCAGCUGGAGCUGAAAGAGAAGGGGCUGGACACUGCAGGGUUGACUGCCAUCUUGAACGACACAGUAACUAUCCGGACCAGGAAGUUCAUGACGAACUGACUACCUCAGAGGAAACAAAUGGGCGAUGUCCUUCACCCUGGGAAGGCAACAGUACCAAAGACAGAAAUUAGGGAAAAACUAGCCAAAAUGUACAAGACCAUACCAGAUGUCAUGUUUGUAUUUGGAUUCAGAACUCACUUUGGUGGUGGCAAGACAACUGGCUUUGGCAUGAUUUACGAUUCCUUGGGUUAUGCAAAGAAAAAUGAACCCAAACAUAGGCUUGCAAGGCAUGGCCUGUAUGAGAAGAAAAAGACAUCAGGAAAGCAGCGAAGGGAACGCAAGAACAGAAUGAAGAAAGUCAGGGCGACUCCAAAGGCCAAUGUUGGUGCUGGCAAAAAUUUUUGCCGAAGGAUACUGAACUCUGUGCCCACCCAGCUGCUGGUGGCUGUGCCACCCCGGGCCUACUCUCUCCCACCCAUGUUGUCUACAUCCCACAAGGCUGGCAACUCUUCGAAGGCCGAGCGCUGCGGGGGGGGCACGACCUUCCCUGAGGAGCCUCUGCACGUCUGUCUCCGUGUCUACUGUCCUGGGUUUUAG